UCUCGGAAGAUACUAUUUAGAUUUAAUGAGACAGAUAAAGAAAGAAAAUGAAUAAGGAUUUCCCCUUUAAAUGGUUGUUAGAUUGGUUAGGGGCUCAAAAUUACAUAUAUAGGUGUAGAGUACAUACCUUAGUCCCAUCCUCCCAUAUUUUUGUUGCGGGGAAAACCCUCGUGCCCAAUAUAAAUAUAGAUUUAGAUCGACUGCCAUCGCAGGUAGUCGACGGAGCUUAAGUGAUUAGCAUUUCAAAUGCACAAAGAUCUAAUUCUACUCAAAACAAUUAAAUCUUUUUGUGAAAUAGCUGUGGGGGAACUAGACCUCCAACUAAAGUACGACAUAGGUUCUCCGAAAAAAGUAAGCAACACCCUAUAUGAGUCCACAAGGGACCUCCUGCAUAGUGCUCUCCGAAAGGACAUAGCCAAAAUUUUGGAAAAACAAAACUUGGCGCUCCCAGAGAAAAUGACCCAUUCUGAGCUAGUUGAUAAAUUAAUUGAUACGCAAGUGGUAGAUAUAUUAGUUGUGGAACCUCCUGAUCUAAUACGCAUAUACAAUCUUUUGGAAGAUCUUAUUUUGUAUGAUGUGUCGAGUUCUUGCUUUCAUUAUUGUUAACCCUAUUAUCGGUCAGAUAGUAAUCGAUGAGCCUUAGUAGCUGGCACCCUUUAUCAUAUCAUUUUUUCCAGUAUACUGCUCCGCGAGCAAGUAGUGAGAGAACCAAGUGGACUGUGAUGAUGUAAGAAUUUGCACCUAUUUCUAUGUAUUUAGUGAUUAGUCUGCUAGUUUCUUUGAUCAUACUAGGUCUUCCUUUUCCAUUUGCUUUUAAUAGUUCGACCAAUCUAGAAAAAUUAUCGGCCUACGAAUGUGGUUUCUAUCCUUUUGGUGAUGCCAGAAGUAGUUUCGAUAUACGAUUUUAUCUUGUUUCAAUUUUAUUUAUUAUCCCUGAUCCAGAAGUAACAUUUUCCUUUCCUUGGGCAAUAUCUCCCAACAAGAUUGAUAUCUUUGUAUUUUGGUCCAUCCUUACCUUUUUAUUGAUUUUGAUGAUUGGAUCUUUUUAUGAAUGGAAAAGGGGUGCUUCGGAUCGAGAGUAAUCACUAGUGAUAGGGCGAGGGAAGGAUAAAUUUUCAAGAAGAUCUCGGGCUUGAUCUGGUUUAAUAUCAAGGUAAUUAUGUUUCUGUUCCUAUAUAUAUGGGCCUGUGCAGCAUUUCCACGAUAUCAUUUUGAUCAAUUAAUGGGACUUGGCCGGAAAGUGUUCUUGCCUUUAUCAUUAGCUCGGUUAGUCCCCGUUUCUGGUGUUUUGGUCACCUUUUAAUGGUUGUGCGAGGAAUUUCUCUCUUGAGUAAUGGGAAGCGGGCUAGUCCCCGAAAAUGCACGUUCUCUUGUCGUUGGGGCU